UUUCCUCAUUUCAAUCGAAAAAAGAAACCGAUUUUGUUUUUUUUAAAAAGGAAACCUCUCUUUUCCAGUUUUCUUUUGAUUGUGCUGUGCACGGUUUUACAAAAUGGUGCUGGUUUAACGUGCGCCGCCUGAGAUGUCGCCGGCGGCUUACAGGAGAACGGUUUUGAUAAGAAUCUCACGGUAUAGAGAAGACCAGUGAUAAGUGAAAGUUAGUUGAAUCAGACGGUUGCCGUUAAUUUUUUUAAGGGAAAGGAACGAAAAGAAAAAGAAGGGAAAGUAAUGGAGAGCCAGGCGAAGUUAACAAGAACUCCGUCGUCUUUGCUCCGUUCAUCUCCGACCAUACGGUCGUCCAUCCACAGUAUGUCAUACAUCAUCGAGGGCGAGUUUAUUAAGGACCAAGAAGACAGAGACGACCAACAACAUCGAGAGUCGUUACUGAACGACGAGAGAAGAAAGAAACCGCCACCAAAGAAGUCGUGCUCGAUGACACCUAGGAUUUUACCGGUCCGGUUCAACCCGGUUUUUGCCAUGGCCUCGAUCUCUUUUUUCUCUUUCAUCUUUUUCUUUUGCUUUUAUCUCAUAAGAGAGGAGAUUCCCAGAUCUGAAUGCCUCCUAUUAGCUUUGAUCUUCGUGGCUAUUACCCUCUUUGUCGCUUCGAAGAACAAAGGUUUAAUCAACCAAGGCAUUGUAUGUUUCAAAGAAAGGCUCCAGUCUUCGAAACCCAAUUCGAGGCCUGUCCAGUGGUUCAUUGGGGAAACCCAUUGUAACAAAACCAAUAACAACAACAACAAAGAAAAAGAAAGACUUGAGCUGGUUGUAAGAGAAGGGGUGGAGUUCUAUAGCAAUGGAGACUUUUACGAAGGUGAAUUUCACAAGGGGAAAUGUAAUGGCAGUGGGGUUUACAAUUAUUUCGUGAACGGGAGGUACGAAGGGGAUUGGGUGGAUGGGAGAUACGAUGGGUAUGGAGUGGAGAGCUGGAGCAGAGGGAGUAGAUACAGAGGGCAAUAUAGACAAGGGUUGAGGCAUGGAUUUGGGAUUUAUAGAUUUUAUACAGGGGAUACUUAUUCUGGUGAAUGGUGUAAUGGGCAGAGCCAUGGCGUAGGUGUUCAAACUUGUGCUGAUGGGAGUUGCUAUGUUGGGGAAUUCAAGUCCGGGGUUAAACAUGGACUUGGCUAUUAUCAUUUCAGGAAUGGAGAUAAAUAUUGUGGAGAAUAUUUUGGGGACAAAAUGCAUGGAUUCGGUGUGUAUCACUUUGCUAACGGUCACUGUUAUGAGGGAUCGUGGCAUGAAGGUCGAAAGCAAGGGUACGGCAUGUAUACUUUCCGAAGUGGUGAUAUGCAGUGUGGUGAAUGGGAUUCCGGCACCCUGAAAACCCCUUUACCCCCACUUACUGAUGCAAUCCUUCGAGCUGUUCAGGCUGCUAGGAAAACAGCAGCAAACGCUAUCAAGCUUAGCAGGGUGGAUGAACAAGUGAACAAGGCGGUUCUGGCUGCGAAUAGGGCGGCAACUGCUGCUAGGGUAGCCACAGUCCGAGCUGUUCAGAACCGGAUGGAUGGGAAAUUUUGUGAGACAGAUUUCUAAGAGGUUGUUAGGUUUGCUUGGAAAGUGUAAAUUUUCGUUUUCUUGUUAAACUAAUUUGAUGUACUUGAAAGAGGUGAUGUCCCACCCUGAUGAGCAAAAGCUCAUUGGAGGCUGA